GCACAAUAGUACGCAUGCGCUCUGAGAUGCGAUGCUCUAUCGCCACAGUUUGACAACAGACUGUCUAUCCCGCCAUCAGUAUGGAGAGAAAAGUACUUGCCAUGCAAGCGAGAAAGAAAAGGACCAAGCCAAAGAAGCCUAGUAAAAAGCCAGAGCCUCAUGGUCGUGGAGGGGGAUCUCAGCCAGGGCAGGCAGACUCUCCCCUCCCAGAGCAGGAUGAGGAGAUCCUGGGCUCAGACGAAGAGGAGCAGGAGGACCCCAACGACUACUGCCGGGGUGGAUAUCAUCACGUAAAGAUCGGGGAUCUGUUUAACGGUAGAUACCAUGUGAUCCGUAAGCUGGGCUGGGGACACUUCUCGACGGUGUGGUUGGCCUGGGACAUCCAGGGGAAGCGCUUCGUGGCGAUGAAGGUGGUGAAGAGCGCGGAACACUAUACAGAGACAGCCUUGGACGAGAUCAAGCUGUUGAAAUCUGUCAGAGACACGGAUCCCAGUGACCCCAGCAGGGAGAAAGUGGUCCAGCUGCUUGAUGACUUCAAAAUAUCCGGAAUGAACGGCACUCAUGUGUGCAUGGUGUUCGAGGUGCUCGGACACCACCUGCUCAAGUGGAUCAUCAAGUCCAACUACCAGGGCCUGCCUCUGCCCUGCGUCAAGACCAUCAUACGACAGGUCCUGCAGGGGUUGGACUACCUCCACACCAAGUGUAAAAUCAUCCACACGGACAUCAAACCAGAGAACAUCCUGCUGACCGUCAAUGAGCCCUACAUCAAGAAAAUGGCCGCGGAGGCCACCCAAUGGCAAAAGAGUGGAGCUCCUCCCCCCUCCGGUUCUGCAGUCAGCACGGCUCCGGCCCCCAAACAGGUGGUGAAGAUGUCCAAGAACAAGAAGAAGAAGCUGAAGAAGAAGCAGAAGAAGCAGGCAGAGCUGCUGGAGAAGAGGAUCCUGGACAUGGAGGGAGGAGCGGGAGGCGAGGAGGAAGAGGAGGAGGAGGACGACGAAGAGACCACAGAGGACACCUCUUCCUCCGCCACCGUGUCCACGUCGGCCACCCUGCAGGACAUCGCUAACCACGCCCCUGCAGACGGUGUGUCUGAGGCCCAGGAGAAGCCCGAGGACAAGGAGCCGAGGGAGAACAGCACAGAGGAGGAGCUUAGGAUGGAGGUGAACGAGAACGGCCGCGCCUCGAGGCCAACCGGCAGUGAGGCGCAGGAGGUGAAGGAACGGGAGAACCAGCAGGAGGACGAAGGGAAGGAGACGGAGGAGCAGGAGGAGAACAAACCUGACACGCACACCUGUAACGGCAAGCUGGAGGAGGGGGAGAAGCCCGAGCAGCAGUCCCUCCACCUCUCUGAGCCGGAGAGCGGGGAGCUGACGGGAGAGGGGGACCGGAAAGAGGAGGAGAUGGACACGCAAGGCACCCGAGGAGGCAGUGAUGUUGACUCUCAGAACGGCUCCUCCUGCAGUCUACUGGUAAACCCCCUGGAGCCCCUGAAUGCAGACAAACUGCAGGUGAAGAUAGCCGACCUGGGAAACGCCUGCUGGGUGACCAAACACUUCACAGACGACAUCCAGACCCGGCAGUACCGCUCCCUGGAGGUGCUGAUGGGCGCCGGUUACUCCACCCCGGCCGACAUCUGGAGCACAGCCUGCAUGGUCUUUGAGCUCGCUACAGGAGACUACCUGUUUGAGCCCCAUUCAGGAGAGGAGUACACCCGAGAUGAAGACCACAUAGCCCUCAUUAUUGAGCUGCUAGGUAAAGUUCCCAGGAAGCUGAUCCUGGCGGGGAAAUAUUCCAAGGAAUUCUUCAACAAGAAAGGAGAGCUCCGCCACAUCACAAAGCUGAAGCCCUGGGGUCUGUUCGAGGUGCUGGUGGAGAAGUACGAGUGGGCCAAGGAGGAGGCCAUCUCCUUCAGCACCUUCCUGCUGCCCAUGCUGGACCUGGUACCCGAGAAGAGGACCAGCGCCGCCCAGUGCCUCUCCCACCCCUGGCUCUCCUCAUAGGGGAGGGGGGGGGGCCCUAGGGGUCGGCUGCAUGCACCACGCAGCACAAGGUCACAGGAGGUUUCGCUCUCCCGUUUCUUGCUGUCUUUAGGUUAAAAGAUUUACGUUACUGGAACUGACCUGACAUGACUGAUGGCCACUGUAACACACACACACACACUCACUCACUCUCACACUCUCUCUCUGUUUCCUGGCUGUGGAUUACACUGGUAAUAUUAGGUAAUUAAGGAUGUUUGAUAAAGAAAAGUUUAUUUUCCUUUGGCUGCCUAUGAGGAUUAGACAUGUUCACAUCUUCCCUUUGCCUAUUUUUCCUUAUCUUUGUGUUGAAUGAAACUAUUUUGCAAUUUUUCAUUCAAAGUGUCUGUGCUGACUAUCUUCAACAUGGCCACCAAGUAAAAUAUGAAUACACAAUCAUGGAAUAUUUCAACUGUACUACGUUUGGUAUAUUAAAACCCAAUUGUUUAUAUUUUUUUGUAUUAUAGUAAGCCAUGUUUGUCUUUUAGUUUUUUUUGUUAUUAUUUUAGUGCUGGCAGUACAGAGCAAAUGUGGCUAGGUGGGUCGCUAACCAGUUUGCCCUGUUCCCUUGAGAUGGCCUGUGUGUGUGUUUGCAGCAACAAUACAUACAUACUAACCCCAACAACAAAUCUUUUUUCCACAUGCUAAGUUAUUUCUAAGACAACAGAAGAGACGAAUCAGAACACUUGCUGUGCGGGAAAAACAAAACGAGCUGAAAAAAACACUUUUUCUUUUUCAAUCUUUUGUGAAUCUCGAUCUCUAAUUCCUGCAUGAGGCUGCAGAAGUUUUCCCGAUAGAGUUGAGUUCAAUGGCUGUGUAUUUUACACCACAUCCUGCAUACGGCAUCCACCAGCCACAUCUUCAGCUACGAUACAUCAUUCCAUAUUUGGAGCCGUGUCCAGCUGUUCUGCGUGCAGCGCACCAAAGAUUUGGCCAGCUCUGUCUCCACAACGCUGGCUUUGGACAGGCUUUCGCAGUGGAACCCUCAGUUGAACGCAGGCUUCAUCAGAGGACUGGCCUCAUGGACUUUUAAGAUGACAUGGUUUGCGGGACGACAUCUGCACAAUUUUUUUUCACCCACCGAGAUACCUUUUUAAAUGGUUGCCUGUUCAAUUGCAGAGGAGGAAAGUUGUGAGCUCAUUUUAUUACGCUUAUCUUCAUAACCUCGCAUUGGAACAGCUGGGUGCGAGAGUUGGUUUUUGAAGGAUCCAUUGAUUGUUAUAAUAAAAUAUUGCUGUAAUAAUGGAUUAAGCCCCCCCCCCCCCCAAAUAUGCUCAUGACAUUUUGUUGACUCAUCAGCUGCCAACUCCCCCUCCCCUUUGGUAACAAGAAUAAACCAUUUUCG